GUUUAAUGCUGGGCUUCGAUUCCCUGUCCCGUCUCUGCUCAAGGAAUUUCUGCACUUCACCCAGAUUCCUCCAGUGUACGUACAUCCCAACAUGAUCCGGGUGCUGAUGGGGUGCAGCAUCCUGAGCAUGCUGUUCAACUUGGACCUCUCAUUACUGGAGGUUCUUUUCGUUUACUCGAUCAAGAAAGUGAAGAGUAACAUCUUCAGCUUCGUCGCCAGCCUUCCAUCCCUGCAACUGGUGACAAACCUACCGGAUUCGAAUAAAAAGGCCGCCAAGGGGCAGGUGCUGGUCAAGGGCGUAUGGGCAGGUUUGUCUGAGCAUCCGGACAGGCCCUUUGUUCCCAAUCAGUCACUGAAGAUUCCAGACCAGGAUAAGAGAGGAAACUGGUGGAGUGGGUGGAGAAGGCUUCGUUCGAUCGUUUGA